AACAACCAAAAGCUCCCAAUCUACAAUGUCAAUGGCGACUCUAUUGGGUACAAGUUCAAAUUGGGCGGCCGAAAGAAGCUGUUUGAUACUUUUCCCCACCAACGAAAGAGGCCUUUUGAUUAAACUGAUAGUAGAGGUGAGAGUGGAAUGAGAUGAAAACUGAUUAGCAUGUGCUAGCUGUACAUACGAUGGAAGAUCAGAUAUCUGCUGGGGUCAAAUGGGCUCGCUGCUUAUGUAUGUAGUAAUGUAUGUAUUGUAUUGGUAAUGGUAUUUGCUUUGGAUGCUGCUUUUUGCUCUACGCUUUUCCACCAUAGUUGUUUUUUCUCCUCAAAACUCAUUUCUUUGUCUGCCAUUGCAAAGCUCUCUAAUUUAGACAUUGAAGCGCGUGGAGGAAUCUCGUGUUUCUUUCUUCUCUUCUCUUGUCUUGAAAGCUUUUAGCUCAACAACUUUUAACAGUGCGAGCUAAAUACCUGAGAAUUGAUUUCAAUGAUAAGUGUCUCCUGGCUCGUCUCCUCUUCUCUUCUCUUCGUUUUCUAAAGUAGUUUCUAAAGUCGUCGUAGCUGAUCUCUGUGUCUUGUAGGUUCCUUUCUUUCGGAAGCCAAAUUUCCUCUUUUCUGGAUAAUAUUUUAAGGCAAAAACCAAUUCUUAAUUUGUUUAAGAGAUCAACUUUCCUACAGAGGAGUAAAAAAUUGUAAGCUUGGAUAUAGUAGUAGGAGAUGAAGUUGUGAUGUUUCUUUUGGGGUACUCAGCUGAUAAAAUUUACUACCCACUAGAAGGAGCUCUUGCAGAAGCCAGCAGGUGAAGAAAUUGGAGAGCUUAAUUUGACUUGAGGGGUUCUCUCGGGGUCUCGAGUUUACGCAAUUGCGGUGUCUUCUUUUGUUGUUUAGUACAGGAAGGCGUGCAGAGAAGCAUUCAAAUUAAGGUAGUCUGGUCUGGUCGAUAUUCGAUAAUCUGCAGUAACUGCUCACUUCCCCAAUUAGCUCCUGGAUUUCGGAUUCUUGACUUCGGAUCUACACAGUUCUUGAAAGUUGAAUUUUCUCAAACUUAACCGGCGAAAUAAAGAUUUUUACUCUUUCCUACUUCUUUUACAAAGGUGAAAGAUCGAAGAUUUCUUUUUUUGAGCAAAUUAAGUUAAACGAGGAGAGCUAGCUGCUUAAUUAUAUAUAUUGGUUCAGUUGUGUGGUACUCGCUUGAGAAAUUAUCAUAAGGAUCAACGGGCAGGCAGCUACGGAGCCACAGCAAAACAGAAAGCUGGCAAAUAAGUGGUGGGAGAGAUUAGAUGUGGUUGCGAUGGCGGGGUAUGAAGCAGCAGGCCCAGGCUCCCGCUAUGGCCAGCAACUCUUUAGACCAGAACUGCAUCUCCAAAUACCAUCUCUAACCCCACCCUCUGAUGAUUCCAGAGACUCACAAGACAAGGAUCCAAAUAAGCCGGAUUUGUCUGAUGCUGCGGCCGCUACCAGCUCUGGAGGCCCCACACGCCGCCCCCGCGGCCGCCCUGCUGGCUCCAAAAACAAACCCAAACCUCCUAUCAUAGUAACUAGAGACUCCCCUAAUGCCCUUCGAUCCCAUGUUCUGGAAAUCUCGUCUGGCGCCGACAUCAUGGACAGCGUCUCCAAUUAUGCUAGAAGAAGAGGAAGAGGAAUCUGCGUUCUCAGCGGAUGUGGGACAGUUGCUAAUGUUAGUUUGCGACAACCUGCUUCUCCUCCAGCAAGUGUACUCACUUUACAUGGUAGGUUUGAGAUACUUUCGCUCUCUGGGAAAGUGCUCCCUCCUCCGGCGCCUCCUGGUAUCGGCGGACUAUCAAUCUUUUUGUCAGGUGGACAAGGACAGGUGGUUGGGGGCAGCGUGGUAGGCCCGCUUGUGGCUUCAGGUCCUGUUGUUUUGAUGGCUGCAUCAUUUGCCAAUGCAGUGUUUGAGAGGUUACCUCCAGAUGAGGAGGAGGAGGGGACGGUGCAGGUUCAGCCCACGGCGUCUCAGUCUUCAGGAGUGACUGGAAGUGGACAGCUCCCUGAUGGCGGAGGAACCAGCAGUGCUGCUGCUAGUGGUACUGCCGGAUCCCUUUUCAUCAUGGGAGGGAGUGGGGCGAAUUACCCUUUUUCAGGUGACUUGUUUGGGUGGGGUAGUGGAACAACUGCUAGGCCUCCAUUCUAGCUAGCUUGGUGAUUACCGAUUUAAAGCCAAGGCUUGGGGUAUUGAGAGAUUUUGAAUGCUAUUUCCCCCUCACUCUCAAGAGAUUUUCUUUUAUUCUAUGCUUUCUUUGAAUAAUUUACGAGGAGGAGAUGAUGACAGGAAGAGAUGUAAAGAGUUGGCAGCUACAACAAUUGUCCUGAUCAUAUAUAUGAACACUUAUAUAUAUACAUAUAUACAUAUAUACAGGGAGAGAGAGAGGCAGAAGGAAAAGACAAAGUUAGUCCUCUCAUCAAUCAUUAGCACUAAAUUGAUCAGAAGUGGACAUGAAAGGGGUUCAAACUGUGAUGCAUGCUUGGGGCUUUGUUGAAACUGAUGAACACCAAACCCAGCUUGGAGCAAUAGAGCCAUCGAUCUUGAGGUCAGUGGGCUCAAAAACCAUAUAUUCGGGCUCCUGCCCUUUUUUCUUUUCCAUAUUUUCCCUUCUGUUCCCUCUUACAUACAUAUAUAACAUGGUUUUAUUUACCCAUGAUUAAUUGAUUUCUAAUGCUGCCAAUGCCAUGGGGAGUGAGAUGCUGUGGGAUUCUAGAGAACUGUAAUAUUAAUUUGUGUUACUAUAUUUUAUGCAGCACUUUAUCUUGUGUUUGGAGCUUGUGAUUUCUUAAUUAAUUACCAGAACUAUAUGUAUGUACAGGUGACGAUCAAUCCUUCAUGCCGAUCUAAUUAUAUAAAUUAUUAAAUACCUAAUUAUUUUA